UGAGGUGACGAUAGGUGAGUGACACGGUGUGGGCUUCAUUAGAUUUUAUUUAUAAACUCAUCACCGCGAGGUGUUUGUCCAGUAAUCUCAUUGUCUCAUCUUCUCUCGUCCUGCGUUCACGUAUCUUGCAGUUUAUCAGAAUGUCCUCCCGCAAGACCGCCGGCCGCCGUGGCACGAACAAGAAGCGCGCCCAGCGUGCCACGUCCAAUGUGUUCGCCAUGUUCGACCAGGCGCAAAUCGCAGAGUUCAAGGAGGCGUUCAAUAUGAUCGACCAGAACCGAGACGGAUUUGUCGACAAGGAUGAUCUGCAUGACAUGCUCGCUUCUCUUGGUAAGAACCCAACGGAAGACUACUUGGAAGGCAUGAUGAAUGAGGCCCCGGGGCCCAUCAACUUCACCAUGUUCCUGACGCUGUUCGGUGAACGUCUGCAGGGCACGGAUCCUGAGGAUGUCAUUAAGAAUGCUUUUGGCUGCUUCGACGAAGAGAACAACGGCGUGAUAAACGAGGAGCGUCUCCGGGAGCUCUUAACCACGAUGGGCGACCGCUUCACCGACGACGACGUAGACGAGAUGCUGCGCGAGGCGCCCAUCCGCGGCGGGCUCUUCGACUAUGUCGAGUUCACGCGUAUCCUCAAGCAUGGCGCUAAGGAUAAGGACGAGCAGUAAGGGAGACGACGGCGGUUUUAUGAGGCUGAGAGGUACUUUUUUACAAGUGUUAUAUCUGUGCCCUGUUU